AUGUCCGAGGCUCUUCCUGAAAUGCAGUACCGCCAUCUUGGCCGCACGGGUCUGAAGGUGUCCGUCAUCUCGCUGGGGAGCUGGCUCACCUACGGCGGUCAUGUCGGAAAUGAAACUGCUUUCGACUGUGUGAAGGCUGCAUAUGAUGCUGGCGUGAACUUUUUCGACACGGCUGAGGUGUACUCCGACGGGCAAUCGGAGAUUGUGCUCGGCGAGGCCAUCAAAAAGUUUGGUUGGAAGCAGAAUGACUUGGUGAUUUCCACCAAGAUCUACUGGGGCAAAGCCAACAGCGCCAACCCAGGCAGGCCUCUCAAUAACAACGGCCUCUCAAGAAAGCACGUCAUUGAGGGCAUGAACCUGUCCCUCCAGCGCCUGGAUCUGCCCUAUGUGGACAUUGUCUACGCGCACCGCCCAGAUCGGGAUACCCCGAUGGAGGAGAUCGUGCGCGGCUUCAACUAUCUGAUCAACACGGGCAAGGCGUUCUACUGGGGUACAUCGGAGUGGUCCGCCAGCGAAAUCGCGGAUGCCUGGCGUAUCGCGGAUCGACUGGGUCUCGUCGGCCCAGUCGUAGAACAGCCACAGUAUAAUCUACUCGUGCGCGAGCGCGUGGAGAAGGAAUAUCGCUGGCUGUAUGAGGCGCAUGGGCUGGGUCUGACGGUGUGGUCUCCUCUCAAGGGUGGGGUCUUGACGGGAAAGUACAAUGAUACUGCUGCCCCGCCGGCGGGAUCGCGCCUGGCCGAGUCUGAGGAUGGGUAUGUGAAGGGUCUGCGCAAGACGGUGGGUGACGAUACCUGGACACAACAGUUGAAGCAGGUUGCUGCGUUGAAGCCCAUUGCCGAGGAGCUCGGCGUCACCACGGCGCAGCUGUCCUUGGCGUGGAUUUUGAAGAACCCCCAUAUCUCGUCCAUGAUCACGGGCGCAUCACGGCCCGAGCAGGUGCGCGAGAACGUGCGCGCGCUGGCCGUGGUAGACAAGUUGACCGAUGCAAUUAUCGAAAAGAUUGAGGCUGCCAUCGGCAAUCAGCCUGUUGAGGAGGUGAGGAGAUUCUAG